AUGCAACAAAAUCAGAAGAAGGCUCUUGUUGAUUCGUUCAGGUCAACGACAACAACCAAGCCAACCGUACCAAUAUCGAAUAAACAAUCAUUUCUUCAUCUUCCAACAGAAAUUCACUUACAUAUUGCCUCUUUACUAUCAUACCCUGAUGCAUUGGCUUUAAAGCAUACCAGCAGCUACCUUUACUCCCUAGUUCGGACCGAUCUGCCCCUGAGGGUCGACUGGAUCAUCGAACGCCAUGAGAAAGGGCUUACCGUUCCCAAAAAGAAAUGUCAGCUUGGCACCGAUGAAUCGUUCUGCAACAGUGAAGUCAAUCAGAUAAUGGAAAAAAGACGAUGGCAUCUUGAAUGCAAACGAGGGGAUGCCGGCUGCUUGGUGGUCGAAGGGUCGAGUUGCGGCGGAUCAUCAGCGCUUCAGCUAUUAAAGGGGAAACGCUUGAUGCUGAUAUUGAGUCGAGGGGGUAUAUACAUUGAGAACCAAGCCGUGAUUUAUAACUUGACCGGUUACAACUGA